GCAGCAUGACGCCGCCUGUGGUGGCUCAUUACAUUAUCUGGCAACCGGAGUGGCAGCGGACAGAAGAGAGGGGAUCCCCGGGAUUUUUUUACGCCAAAGCCAGCUAAAUACUGACGCCAAACAAGUGAAAACCGCGGGGGAACUCGACCCGGCUCCUCCUAGAUACUCCGGCGAGAGCAGCCAUGUCAGAAGAGGCGGUGCGUCAAACGCGCAGCCAGAAGCGGGCUCUGGAGAGGGACCACGCAACCGUCGGCGGUUCCCCGGGGGACAUGGACGGCAAGCGGGUAAAGCUGGAGAGAGGCGAUGCAGCUGAGGCCCCGCUGGCCCUGGUGGGACCAGGAGGUGAAGGCAUGAAGCUGAAGAGCGAGCAGGCUGCCAAGGUAACGGCCAGCAUCCUUAAGACCGGGGAGGUGAAGGCUACCAUCAAGUUGGAGGUGAAGACCGGAGACGAGCCUGUGGACAUGAGCACAUCCAAAAGUGACAUUAAGAAAGAACGACAGCCACCUUCGCCAGAUGAUGUGAUCGUGUUAUCAGACAACGAGCCCUCCAGUCCCGUCAUGAAUGGCCACUGCUUCACCAAGACAGACACAGAUAAACUCAUGAAGAGCUCACCUGAGGAGAGGGAGCGCAUUAUAAAACAGCUGAAGGAGGAACUGAGGCUCCAAGAAGCCAAACUGGUCCUCCUCAAGAAACUGCGACAAAGCCAGAUCCAGAAGGAAAGCACUGUGCAGAAGGCGAGUGGCUCAGUGGCCACUCCUCCUCCACUUGUCAGAGGCAGCAUGACAUCCAGUAAAGGACCCCUCCAGGUGACAGGUCGUAGCUCAGGCACCGUGAUCCCCCCACCCUUAGUGCGGGGAGGACAGCACAUCCCGUCCAAACACAACUCUCAGAUCGUCAUGCCGCCCCUGGUCAGAGGAGCCCAGCCUAUUGCAGUGACCCCCCAGCAGAUAGCCAGCCUGCGGCAGCACCAGCAGCACAGCGGUUCAGGCCCUCCCCCGCUGUUAUUGGCGCCCAGGGCUUCUGUGCCCAACGUCCAGAUCCAGGGCCAGAGGAUCAUUCAGCAGGGACUCAUUCGAGUGGCUAAUGUGGCCAACAACGUUAUGGCUUCUCCUGCCGGCCUUAAAGGCUCAUCGGGGUCCCCCGGCUCCAGUGUGAACGACUCUCCAGCCAGCAGGCAGGCGGCUGCUAAGCUAGCCCUGAGGAAGCAGUUAGAGAAGACGCUGCUAGAGAUUCCUCCACCCAAACCUCCUGCUCCAGAGUUCAACUUCCUGCCAUCCGCAGCCAAUAAUGAGUUCAUCUACCUGUUGGGUUUGGAGGAGGUGGUUCAAAAGCUCCUUGAGAUGCAUGGCCGAGGUAAUCUGGGUCCUGCUGCUGCCAUGGCCAGCUCCAAUCCCAAAGACCCGUACACCUGCGCCCAGUGCAAGACGGAUUUCACCUCCCGCUGGAGGAAGGAGAAGGCUGGCACCAUCCUCUGCGACCAAUGCAUGUCUUCCAACCAGAAGAAGGCCCUGAAGGCCGAGCACACAAAUCGUCUGAAGGCAGCCUUCGUGAAGGCACUCCAACAGGAGCAGGAGAUCGAACAGCGGAUCCUCCAGCAGGCGGCCUCCACAUCUUCCUCCGGCUCCAAAACCACCUCGUCCUCCUCUUCCUCGCUGUCGAAGAGUGAGGUGCUGGUGUCCCCGCAGUACAAGCACAUCAGGUCUGACUUGCAGCACAGAUCGAUGUCUGCGCACCACUCCAUCAAGCAGAGUCACCUGGCGCACAGCAUCCAGUCUGCAGUGAGCUCUCGUGGAGUGGCCCACUCCUUUACCACCUCCCAGCUGCAGAACGCGGUGACUGCAGCCGCGCUGAGCAGCAGAGCAGGGAAACACGCCGCAGCUCUCUCGCUGCAGCAGGGAGCAAAGGUCAGCGCCAGCGGCAGCGGUAACCAGGGCAACAUGGGAGCCUGGAGGAAGCAGAGCAGUGGGAAUGCAGGAGUGACGAUGGCCUAUGUCAAUCCCAGCUUGUCUGCUCAUAAGACCUCCUCCGCCGUGGAACGUCAGCGGGAAUAUCUGCUGGACAUGAUUCCCUCCCGUUCUAUCUCCCAGGCAGCAAACACAUGGAAAUAAUGCAAUCUUUUACUCUCUCCUACUGAAGCCACAGCUUUUAGCCCUCCUAAAAUCAAUAACAGCCAUGCUCAUUAUCAUUCUAUUGUUUUCUAUAGACUCUGGCUCCGACGGCCAGGAUGAGAACUCCUUUUCUUGUUGGUGAGAGGUGGAUUUUAAACCUUUUCUACACCUUCUUAUGCUACCUUGGUCCUUUUUUUUUUUUUUUCCGAAUCAUUUCCUUCACGGAGUUGUGCUGCAACAGCUUCAGGGAUGCAAGGAAACGUGUCCCAAACGUUUUUGGGUACCUUUUCGCAAGACUUAGGGCCGACUUGGGUCCCACCUCGCCUCUUCCGUCUGUUGAUUGCUCAAAGCAGGAGGAGGGCGGUGCAAAAAAAAAAACCGCUGAGCGUUCCUGCUUAUGGACCAUGCAGGGAUUAGCAACGAUCACCGUUAUACGCAGGAAGAAUCGCCGCGCACCACCGCCCUCUCCGGCCUGCGCCACUCAGACUCUAGCCCCCCCCCCCGAGCGCGGGCCUAACUCAACCCUCCUGAGGUCCUCAUCACAGGGAUUGUUGAGCUACGAGGACCAUCCGUAAAAAAAAAAAAAAAAUAUUAACUGCUUUAGCUUUGCAACAAUGAAAAAGAUAAACAGAAAAAAAAAGACUGUGAAAAGGAAAAAAACAAACAAAAAAAAGAAAACGGAUCUAUCUGCACACAGACUGCCUCUUCUCACCAUCCUUCAGCGUGUAUAUUAGAGAAGUGGAUGUGUCUGUCUGGACUGUUUUUGUAUGGCUGAAUGUUAGGAUUUUGUCUUCUCUUCUGUAAGUCCUAUGCUGUGUUUGGAAUAUUGUGCUCCCUGACACUUUGGAUAGCGGCCUCUUGUCGAGGUCCGAAUAUUAAAAAAAAAAAAAAAGGAGAAAAAAAAGAAAAGGCUAAUGUUACUGUUGAGGUGGUUUUACAUCUGCUGGUUUCCAUUAUUGUGGCCUAGUUUUAAAUACUUUGUUUUUUGCUAAGAUGAUGAGGAAGAAUAAAGAUUAAGGGUUUCACAGACUCAUGUAAAAAGAUAAAAAAAAAAAAGCAGAAAAAAAAACAUGGAUCAUGUUUGGAGGACUAUUCUUAUUGAAUAUUGUAAAAUAAACCUUCCAAAGAACUAGUGGAGCCCAAAUGGAACCCCUUCAGCUAGAAGGUUUCUAGUUUAUUUGAACCCUCUCUGGAUAUAAACAUGAAUUCAUGCUAAACUGAGUGGGUGUAAGGAAUGUCAAGGUUUGACAUCUGUUUUGUUUUUUGUUUUUUUUGGUUUUUUUUGCUUUUUAGUUAUAGGUUGUGGUGCAUUAUUUUGUUAAAUUUUCCUUCUAUAGACAAACUGUCUGAAUUUAUUUAUAGGGUUAGUAAAGACAUAUGCAUAUGCCCUACGUUUGAAUGGAUAUUGGUUUAAAAGUUGUUUCCUCCUUUCGUGUCAAGAGGCUCCUAAACCACUUCAUCUGGGCCCGAGCGAAGCUGCACAGCUUUCAGAAUGUAGUCGUGCAACAACAAAAGGCGAGCCCUUCCGCAGCACAUGACGAACUUCUUAGUCUUCAAGGUGUGUAUGGGUUUCUCUAAAGUCAAUCCUUGCGUUUUUACAGGAGCUAUAGUGCGUUUUUAAUCCGAUGGCAGCAGCACAGGCAGACCUACAAAAGGAAAGCCUCACGGUGAAUAACAGGAUUUUGUUACGGCCACGGACAGAAGCGGACGUUUUUUUUUUUUUUUUUUUUCCUUUCGUCGGCCUCGAGGGUCGUCCACUUUACUCAUGUGCCGCUCAUCAGAAAGUGCUCUGUUCUGUGUUUUUAAUGGGAAAUGGCAUUCAGUAAAGAGAAACUGGGAUGCACCGGCCCAGCCGUUCCUGGCCGACGCACACUUCCGGUUUUUCUUUCCGUUCUCACCUGCUUAUUCUGAUUUUUAUCCACGCGUUUUCUUGAUGCGAAGGUCCGUGACACACGAGAGGAGCGUGUGUCGCGGGGGUUCAUUGAUAGAGGCGGUAGUUUUGAAUCUAGCUGAAUUUUAAGAUAUUCCAAGAAUAUUCCCGUUUCUGCAUCAAAGCAUAUGUCGCCCAAGUUUUAGAAACACGCGCUCUGUUGACGGGAGGGAAAUGGUCGGCGAUCCUAGUUUCGACGCAUUUAAUGAAUGGGAAAGAAAAGUGAUUGCUGCAGAUCUUUAAAGAAAAAAAUCAGACAAUUGGGGUAAAUUUAGUUUUAAAAAAAAAGACAACUAGGUUUAAGUGACUGCCAGGCCUGGGUGGAUUUUUACAUUUGUUUUUUUAAUUAAAUUUGAACCUUUUCUGAUUCCUCCUUGCAUUCAAAGACCGUGUCCUUAGAAACUCCACGUCUUGCAGCCUGAUGUGCUCCCGUCAGAUAUCAUGUUUCAAUAAUGUAAUCAAACAGCUGCACUGCGGUGCAUUAAUUGAGAUGUAUCCCUUGUGUUUGUGUUUAAAUUAAAACAAUGUAUCAGUUACCAUAAGCAUCCAUCCUGGUGGUAAUGCAAACCUACUAAGAGUUAAAGCAGAUCUCUUGUGAAGUUCAUGUUUUCUGCACUCGAGCAGCAGUGGAAAUAUUCCAGGGUGUGCGUACAUUCCUGACAAGCAAAAAAAA